CACAAACCCGCAUCGAAACUUACAGAGAGAGCUUCAGCCUUCACCACCGCAGCGGCGCCGCCAUGUCGGAGAAGGAAUGCGGCCACGAAGACGAAGAGCGGAAGUCUCUCCUCCGCCACAUCCUCUUCGCCGUCCUGGCCGUAAUCGUCCUCGUCCUUCUCGCAAUCCUCCUCGUCUGGCUCAUCCUCCGCCCUACUAAACCCCAAUUCGUGCUCCAAGACGUCACCGUUUUGGCCUUCAACCUCUCUUCCCCAAAUCUCCUCACCUCCACGCUCCAAAUCACCCUCGCCGCUCGAAACCCUAACUCUCGAAUCGGAAUCUACUACGAUCGCGUCGACGCAUACGCUUCCUACCGAGGCCAGCACAUCACGCUCCCGACGCUUCUACCGGCGACGUACCAAGGCCACAAGGAGGUCACCGUUUGGUCGCCGUUUCUUAACGGCGUCGACGCUCCGCUCUCGCCGUACCUCUCGUCGGCGCUGAAUCAGGAUGAGAUUGCCGGGACGGUGCUCGUCAACGUUAGAGUUAACGGCAGGAUUAGAUGGAAAGUCGGGACGGUGGUUACGGCGACGUACCGUCUCGACGUUAACUGCCCGGCGUAUAUGGACUUCGGUGGCCGCCGUGACGGCGUUACCGCUUCCGUUAAGUAUCAGAUGUAUGUGGGGUGUCACGUCGAUGUUGGGACUUCGUGACCGGCUUAACGUCCGUUAACGGCGGUUUUAUUAGUUUCCGUUUGAUCUCUUUGCAUGUGCUUCCAGUAAUUGAACAAAUUAGUCCUUAAAUUUCUCUCUUUUUUCUUUUUUUUUUUUUUUCUAUAAUUGAACAAAUUAGUUCGUAGUAUGAUAUUUAAUUAAUAGCAUUAUAUAUAUAUAUAUAUAUAAUUUUGGGCUUAACUCUAAGGUAUUUAAUGAAAUUUGGAAAUUGGAAAUUAUUGUUUCGAUUGCAUUUGGAUCUGAGUUGUUGAUUCAUCAAGAUUUAGCUUAAUCUCCAUGAAAUGUGUGAGUGUUCCCUCACUCCAAAAAUAAAUAAAAAUAAAAUGAUUGGUAUUGGAUGCAAUAAA